AUGAACAUGUAUGUGCCAAAACAGUUUGGGAAUUACAAAACCGUGGGGAAGCUCAUUCUCGAAGAUGACACCGAGUUUGUAGGAUACAGUGUUGGGUACGAAGGAUGCAAAGAUGAGAAAGCUACUCCAAAAAGGGAAACCGCGAAAGGAAUUAAUUCGAACCAAGUGCUAGAAAAAAAGUACCUGAAGGAGGAUAUGUUAUUUAAGAACAGUAAAAUUGAAAAUGAAGAUUAUAUAGUAACGGGAGAAGUUAUAUUCAACACAGCCAUGGUUGGAUACCCAGAAGCUUUAACGGACCCAAGUUACUUUGGACAGAUCCUCGUAUUAACAUUCCCAUCCAUUGGAAAUUAUGGUGUGGAAAAAGUACAACAUGAUAAUUUUGGCUUGGUGACAAAUUUCGAAAGCAAUAAAAUUCAAAUUCAAGGGUUAGUAAUAUGUGAAUAUACAAAACAUUCGUACCACUACAAUUCGUGCAUUACAUUAAGUGAGUGGCUCAAAUUGUAUAAGGUGCCCUGCAUAGGUGGAAUAGAUACCAGGGCGUUAACGAAAAUUUUGAGAGAAAAGGGAAGCAUGUUAGGGAAAAUUGUAAUUUAUAAAAAUGCGAAAAAUGCAUAUAAGCUAUAUAAAGAAAUAAGCUUAUUUGACCCAGGGCAGAUCGACACCAUCAAGUAUGUCUGUAACCACUUUAUUCGAGUUAUCAAAUUGGGGAAAGUAAAUUAUUACAACAAUGGUAAAAGUAAAGAAGGUUCGAAAGGGUUAAAUGACGCCAAUGGUUAUUCCCCCGAAGGGCAGGAAAAUGGUAAUAGCCUUACCAAUGUCAAUGGAUAUAAUUACCAAAGUCUUUCUUCAUUCGAAAAAAUGGACUUUAAUAAAAAUUCAAAUGAGCAUUCUUUACUAAGGGACAAAAUGAACCUUCUCACCUCAUCGGAAGAGAAUAUUGAUCAUUAUGGUGGUUAUCGGGAAUAUGGCACCAAUGGGGGGAAGAAAGAUGCUUUUUAUAACCUACGUGGUGCAUGCGAAUAUGACAAAUAUUUGAUAGAUUUGGAGGAAAAUUCCCUCUUCCACGAUGGUAAUGUAGAUAAGUAUGGUCACUACGACGUGGAGGUUAGUCUGCAAAGGAGUGGACUUAGCGAAACAGAUGAGUAUGACGCCACGCACGAUGAGGCAACGUUUAACCUGAAUAAUGACUACUCCACGUACGUAAAAAAAAAACUGAACAAGGAGGAAUUUCUCAAUCUAGUGAAUGAGAGAAAAUCCGAGAAGGAAAAAAUUAUCGUUAUUGUAGAUUGCGGUAUUAAAAACAGUAUAAUAAAGAACCUAAUGAAAAAUGGGAAGGACCUACCCUUGACGUAUAUCAUUGUGCCGUAUUACUACGACUAUAACAGUAUAGAUUACGAUGCAGUUUUGCUGUCCAACGGUCCAGGGGAUCCCAAAAAAUGUGACUUUUUAAUUGAAACAUUGAAGAAAAGCUUACAAAAGAAUAAGCUCAUAUUUGGCAUCUGUUUAGGUAAUCAGUUACUGGGAAUUUCCCUCGGAUGCGAAACGUACAAAAUGAAGUACGGGAAUAGAGGGGUAAACCAACCCGUUAUCCAACUGGUAGAUAACAAAUGUUACAUAACAUCGCAAAAUCAUGGGUACUGUUUGAAGAAGAAAAGUAUAUUGAAAAGAAAGGAGUUAGCCAUUAGCUACGUCAACGCUAAUGACAAAUCGAUAGAAGGCAUUACCCACAAGAAUGGGAGAUUCUACAGUGUUCAGUUUCACCCCGAGGGGAAUAACGGACCAGAAGAUACUUCUUUCCUUUUUAAAAAUUUCCUCAUAGAUAUGUUUAACAAAAAGAGAGAAUUUCGAGAACAUAUCGGACAUAACAUAAUUUACAUAAAAAAGAAGGUGCUUCUCCUGGGUAGCGGUGGACUAUGUAUAGGUCAAGCAGGAGAAUUCGAUUACUCAGGUACUCAGGCUAUUAAAAGUUUGAAAGAAUGUGGCAUCUAUGUAAUUUUAGUGAACCCUAAUAUUGCCACGGUGCAAACGUCCAAGGGGUUAGCAGAUAAGGUAUAUUUUUUACCCGUGAAUUGCGAAUUUGUGGAAAAAAUUAUCAAAAAGGAAAAACCCGAUUUUAUAUUGUGCACCUUUGGUGGGCAAACCGCCUUAAACUGUGCACUCAUGUUGGAGCAGAAAAAAGUUUUAAAAAAAAAUAAUUGCUUAGCGCUGGGUACAUCUUUAGAAUCCAUUAUGAUAACAGAAAAUAGGAGCAUGUUCGCAGAAAAGUUGCGAGAAAUUAAUGAAAUUAUAGCACCGUAUGGAAGUGCUAGAAAUGUAGAACAAGCCAUUGAAGUGGCUAACAAAAUUGGGUACCCCAUCUUAGUACGCACGACCUUCUCCCUAGGAGGACUAAACAGUAGCUUCAUAAAUAACGAAGAGGAAUUAGUCCAAAAGUGCAAAGAAAUUUUCCUACAAACGGAUAAUGAAAUAUUUAUCGACAAGUCAUUAAAAGGGUGGAAGGAGAUAGAAUACGAAUUGUUACGGGAUAACAAGAAUAAUUGUAUAGCAAUUUGUAACAUGGAAAAUAUAGACCCUUUAGGUAUCCACACAGGAGACAGUAUCGUCGUUGCUCCGUCUCAGACGCUCAGUAACUAUGAAUAUUAUAAGUUUCGCGAAAUAGCGCUCAAGGUUAUCACACAUUUGAACAUUAUAGGGGAAUGUAAUAUUCAGUUCGGUAUUAAUCCCAAAACGGGGGAGUACUGCAUUAUCGAGGUGAAUGCUAGACUGAGCAGAAGUUCAGCAUUGGCUUCCAAAGCUACAGGGUACCCAUUAGCCUACAUAUCUGCUAAGAUAGCUCUUGGGUACGAUUUGAUCAGCUUAAAAAAUAGUAUCACAAAAAAAACUACUGCUUGUUUUGAGCCUUCCCUUGAUUACAUUACCACAAAAAUUCCCAGGUGGGAUUUGAACAAAUUUGAGUUUGCCUCCAAAACGAUGAAUAGCAGUAUGAAAAGUGUAGGCGAAGUUAUGUCCAUAGGUAGGACCUUCGAAGAAUCCAUACAGAAAUCGCUCAGAUGUAUAGAUGAUAACUACCUCGGGUUCAGUAACACCUACUGCAUUGAUUGGGAUGAAGCGAAAAUUGUGGAUGAGUUGAAGAACCCGUCUCCAAAAAGAAUAGAUGCAAUUCACCAAGCUUUUCAUUUGAACAUCCCCAUGGAAAAAAUCCACGAACUGACCAAUAUAGAGUACUGGUUUUUGCACAAAUUUUACAACAUUUUUAACCUGCAGAAUAAGCUAAAAACCUUAUCGUUGGAACAGCUCUCCUUUUAUGACUUGAAAUAUUUUAAGAAGCACGGAUUCAGUGACAAGCAAAUCGCCCACUACCUCUCCUUUAACAAUCCGAAGGUUACUGAAGCGGUUGUGAUGAGGUACAGAGAAAGCUUAGGCCUACAUCCGCAUAUUAAAGUUAUUGACACCCUAUCUGCUGAAUUCCCAGCGUUAACUAAUUAUUUGUAUUUGACUUACCAAGGUGUAGAGCAUGACGUGUUGCCGCUGAAUAUGAAGAGGAAGAAGAAAUUUCCUGCAGAUAUUAACGGGAAAAAGGGGAAUAAGGCAGGAAACGGUGUGUACCCCCAUAUAACUACUGAGAUGCAGGAAAACAAAGCGGUGAAACAUCAGCAGCUGGGUUGUGAUCAGAAUGUCUAUAGUGAAACGUUUGGAAACGAAGUAGAUGUGACUGUCAUGAGUGCAAAGGUGGAUGGAACUGUAGAGAAAAACGACAACAUGGUGAGUUCAUCCCCCAUCGGAGGUUCUAACAAGGAGGGUCCCUCCAGUCAGCUGCUUAGUAAAGACGGGAAGGAGGAAAAAAGCAUAGGGUCAGACGAAACGAAUGUAUUCAGUGUGAAAAAUUGUACAAAUGAUGUUCCCUCCUCAAACGGUCUUAACGUCUCGCAAAGUGCCCAACAAGCUGGGCUAGACAGCGAACACAUGAACGGGUCCAAUGCAAAUAACACAAGCAAAGAUGGAUUCAGUAAGAAGUUGCAAAAUAGAGAAGCACUGAUGAACAACAGAAUGGACGACAUUUCAAACAGAAGUUCGCAUUCGACUAAUGACCAGUUGUACUUGGAAAAUUUCAACACAUCGGAUGAAGAAAUGGCGAACAAGAAUGGAGAGGCAUACUACAUGUCGAAGAAGAAAAAGAACUUCCCAGACAGUAAGGGGGCAGGAAAUAUGUACUACCUAGUGGACUCCGUAUACAAUAAUGAAUACAAAAUGAGCAAAAUGAAGGAGUUAAUUAAUAGCGAACAUACGGACAGUAAUGACAGUCUACAAGGUGAGCAGCGUGCCUCUGCUAUGAAAUCGGGACAAGUGGGAACACAAUUCGGGGCAACGUCAGCGGGUGAAGAUUCCAUUUCGAUGCACGCCCCGCAUUAUGCGUGUAAAGGGGAGAACAAACUCCAUCAUGAAGAAACCGAAAGGGAAAGAAGCAAAGGAAAGAAUAGCAACAAAAAAAGAGAGACCAAAAUAAACAGUAAUGGUAUAAAUGUGGAUGAUAAAAAUAGCGACGACUGCUUCUCCGAAUUGUCCUACUUGCGAAAUUGCACCAAAUCGAGCGAUGCAGAAAAUGACGACAUUGAUGACGAUGAUGCUUUUUACAACGGGGGGGAUGAUGUGUACACCUGCAGCACAGAUAAUGGCCUCUUCGAUGACGGUGUAGAAUCGUAUAACACUUUUUCUUCGAAAGAGUCAGAAGGAUCGUCGUCCAUAUAUUCCGAAAACGAAAACAUUUUUAGCGAAAAAUUUAACGAUAUCGGUUUUAAGAUAAUUCAUGAUAGGAAUGAAAAGGAGAAAGAAAAAAAAAAAUGUUUUAUUGUGUUAGGAUGUGGGUGCUAUCGAAUUGGCAGCUCAGUCGAAUUUGACUGGAGUGCAAUCCACUGUGUGAAGACGAUUAGAAAAUUGAACCACAAGGCAAUCCUCAUAAACUGCAACCCAGAAACGGUCAGUACGGACUACGACGAAAGUGACAGAUUGUACUUUGACGAAAUUACCACGGAGGUUAUUAAAUUUAUUUACAACUUUGAAAAGAGCCAUGGGGUUAUAAUAGCGUUCGGUGGACAGACAUCCAACAAUUUGGUAUUUAGCUUAUACAAAAAUAGUGUUAACAUUUUAGGAACAAGUGCAAAGAGUGUAGACUGCUGCGAAAAUAGAAAUAAAUUUUCCAACCUGUGUGAUUCCUUAAAAAUCGAUCAACCCAAGUGGAACAAAUUUACCAAACUUUCCAAAGCUAUACAAUUUGCCAAUGAGGUGAAGUUCCCAGUUUUGGUGAGGCCGUCAUAUGUCCUCUCCGGUGCCGCCAUGAGAGUUGUAAACUGCUUUGAAGAAUUAAAAAAUUUUCUCAUGAAAGCGGCAAUCGUUAGUAAGGACAAUCCGGUGGUCAUUUCUAAAUUUAUUGAAAAUGCGAAGGAGAUAGAAAUUGACUGUGUGAGCAAAAAUGGGAAAAUUAUAAAUUAUGCCAUUUCGGAGCAUGUCGAAAAUGCAGGAGUGCAUUCAGGAGAUGCCACUUUGAUCCUUCCUGCACAGAAUAUUUACGUAGAAACACACAGAAAAAUAAAAAAAAUUUCCGAGAAAAUAUCCAAAUCGUUGAACAUCUCUGGACCAUUUAAUAUUCAGUUCAUUUGCCACCAGAAUGAAAUAAAAAUUAUCGAAUGUAAUUUGAGGGCUUCUCGAACGUUUCCAUUCAUAUCGAAGGCCCUAAAUCUGAACUUUAUCGAUUUGGCUACCAGAAUUUUAAUGGGUUAUGACGUGAAGCCAAUUAAUAUAUCCCUCAUAGAUUUAGAGUAUACUGCUGUGAAAUCGCCUAUAUUUUCCUUCAACCGACUGCACGGGUCUGAUUGCAUCCUCGGUGUAGAAAUGAAGUCCACCGGGGAAGUCGCAUGUUUUGGUCUCAACAAAUACGAAGCUUUGCUAAAGUCCUUGAUAGCCACUGGUAUGAAAUUGCCCAAAAAAUCUAUCCUCAUAAGUAUUAAAAAUUUAAACAACAAGUUAGCCUUUGAAGAACCCUUCCAGUUGCUCUUCCUAAUGGGCUUUACAAUAUAUGCAACCGAAGGGACGUACGAUUUUUAUUCCAAAUUUCUGGAAUCUUUUAACGUUACCAAGUCGUCGAAAUUUCACCAGAGACUUAUCCGAGUGCAUAACAAGAGCUCAGAGAACCUCCUGCCCAACAUUACCGAUUUGAUCAUGAACCACAAGGUAGAAAUGGUUAUCAACAUUACAGAUACGCUCAAAACGAAGGUCAGCUCCAACGGAUAUAAGAUAAGACGCCUUGCUUCGGACUUCCAGGUGCCCCUCAUAACGAACAUGAAGCUGUCCUCGCUGUUUAUAGACUCCCUGUACAGGAAGUUCUCUCGCAGGAAGGAGAAGAAACCCUUCUACACGAUUAAGAGCUACGACGAGUAUAUAAGUUUGGUGUAG